GGGAAGGGCGCCCAGCAAGUCAAGCUUCGGGAACGCAAGGUAGUUGCCAUUACGGCGUUUUCGCAGCCCCUGGGCGGACCGGGGCUUGUGUAGCAUAACUCAGACGACCUCAGGAAGCUGUUGGGCGCGGCUGAAUGUGGCAGGCGGCAACCGGCUCCACGCUACUCACCAGCGCCACCAUCAUCGCCAGCGGUUGUGCGUUAUGGCCGGCCCUCUCCAGCAGCGGCGAGGGCGGGUAUCAGCUGAGCGGGAUCGCGCGCACAGCCAUUAAUGUGGUCCUUGCCGGCUUCGGCAUGGCCUGCUGGCUGCAUGCCUCCCACCCCCACGCCCGCCUUGACGGUGCCGGCACCCACCACCUCGUCGCCGCGUCUGCAGCAGCAGCUGCACAGCAAGUGCCGCAGCAGGCAGCUGCCGCCGCCGCUGCCGAUGACGACAACGAUGAUGAUGAUGAUAACGACGAUGACGAGGACAAGGAGGGUCGGGACGACGAUGUGACACGCGACCCAGUGCUGAGCCAGCUGACGCCGUACCGGGCAGUGCGGAUGUGCAGCUGCGCCUACCGGCCCCUGGCUGAGGAGUGGGAUGCGCUGGUGAACAUGGACGGCGCGUUUGUGCUGGAGCAGCAACAGUGGCAGCGGGGUCAGCAAGGCCAUCAGGAUGAACGCGGGUGGGAGGAGAGGGGCAGCCCUUGCCCGGGCUGUGGCCGCAGCAGUGCGGCCAGCGGCGGCAAUAGCAGCAGCAGCACUAGCAGCACCAGCAGCGCUAGCAGCAGCAGUUGCUACUUCCAUCCCACGGUGGAGGUGCUACCGGACGUUGGGCCGGCCCAUCAUCACUGCCACGCCGCCAGCACAGAUCCCGCCGUGGGGCCGGAGGCUCCGUCUGCAGCUGCAGCUGCUACUGCCGCCAAUGCUGCGGCGGUGUUGCCGGCUGGGCACCGCGUGCUGGUGCUGACGCCCUCGGAUCACGUGCUACAGCUCGUGGCACGGGCACAAAGCAGCGCAGGACUGCCCACCUGUCAUGAAUCUGCAACAGCAGAAGCGGAAACAGAAGCAGCAGAAGCGGCACCGUGCGCAGCAGUUUCGGCGGCACAGCCGGCCCGUACGGAGCCGUCGGCCUGGCCAGAUGCUACCGCGAGCUGCAGCCCCCCGGGUGUGUGGCACUGCGCGGACGAGUGGGACCGCGACCCCGAGCGCUCAUGGGCACACGCCACCGCUCCCGCCGCAGCGUCACCGGUGCCUCCGGCCGCCUCCAACUCAGCCCCGCAUCCACCGCAGUCACAAACGCGGCAGUCAACGCAACCCUUGCCAGGGCUGCUGACCCAGCCGCAGCACACCAUGCCGCAACCGCAGUCGCAGCCUGCGGCGCUGAGUGCACGCCCCUGUCCGCCACCGCCGCCACCCCCAGUGACAGUUGUGGUGGUGAUUCGCGGCACUGACCCGGACGUGUUGAGCAAUGUGGUGGCGGACCUGCAGCUAGUGGCAGACAACCUGCUUGGGGGCGGCGGAGGAAGGGAAGGAGGAGGCGCUAAACCGUAUAAUGUGCACGAUGUGAACUGCGUGGAGGACAAGCAGCAGCAGCAGCGGCAGCAGCAGCAGCAGCAGCAGCAGCAGCAGCAGCAGCGGCAACCUGGGGUGGGGUGGGCUGUGGCGCAGGUGUGCCGGCGCAUGCUGCGCGUGGUCUCCAACGCAGUGGGCGCCCUCGCGGCCCUGUCCACGUCACGCCCAGCACAACAGCAGCAAAAGCAACAGCAAAAGCUGUACACACACGGCGGCAGCCUACCGCAUCUGGCAGCAGCAGCAACAACAGCAGCAGGAGUGGGGGUGGGGGCGGCGCGGGGGCACGUGGGUGUGGCGCCGAUGCGCCAGGCGGUGCUGGCGGAGGUGGUGGCGGCGCUGCACCGCCAGUGCGACAGGCUGCAGGCGCACGGGGUGGCGCUGCGGCCGGCCGGGGGCGGAGCCGCCGCGGCCGGACCCAGGGCCAGGGCCUGCGGCGGCAGCACCAGUGGCGGCGGCGGCGGUGUGCGGCUACGUGUGGUGCUGACGGGGCACUCGCUGGGUGGAUAUCUGGCCCAGGCGGUGGCGCUGCAGCUCAUGGCGGCGCGCCGGCUCGCAGCCGCCUCCACCACCGCCGCCAACAGCUGCGACAGUAGUGCCAUCAACCCCACCAGCGGCAACGGCGGCGCGGGCGGAGGUGCGGAUGCCGCGCUGCUGCUGGCGCUGGGUCUGUGUGAGCGUGUGGAGGUGGAGGUGGUGCGCUGCCUGGCCUUCGACUCGCCGGGACUGCUGCCUGCAGACCUGCAGCUGGUGGCGCGACACCGCCUGGUGCCGGCGGAGAUGCGGCGUGUGCUCCACGCGUACAUGGCACAUCCCAACCCCAUCAACAUGCUGGGGGCGAGGGCGGUGCCGACGGGCGCGGCGGUGGCAGCAUCAGCUGAGCUAUGUGGCCGGGUGGAGGAGAGUGGUGACGGCGGCCGUGGCGGCCGUGCCGGCCAGAGCGCGGAGCUGCCGCGGCGGCAGCUACUGAUGACGAUGUAUCACGUGGUGGCGCCGACGGAGGACACGUGGACCUACCUCUUCAGGUGCACCACCGCGGCUGUUGGCAGGAUUGUUGCCUACGAUGCCGCGGUCACUUGCCUCGCAGCUUCUCUGACGGCGGCGGUGUUCGCGGCCGGAGCAGCCGCCGCCUGGGGUGUGGCCCGGGCCGCAGCCGGGGUGCCCGCCCUCAGAGGCAGCACCGAAGGCGGCGGAGCCGUGGCGGCGGCGGAGACUGGGAGUGCUGACCUGGGCGGCGGUGGUGGCGGCGACGCCUCGAUCGCCAGGGCUGGCGGACACCCCAGCAGCACCAACGCUGCUGCAGCCUCGGCGGCCGCCACCGCCGCCUGGCGUGGGGGCUACACACAUGGUGGCGUUGCCAGUGGGGGUAACGGCACGGCGGCGGGUGGCGUGGGGCCUAGUGCUGGCGUGGCCGGCAGGGCGACUGCGCUGGCGCUGGCGGCCGUGGGAGCCGCACGUGGCUGCGUGCGCAAGGCGGCAUCUGCGGGCUUGGCCGCGCUUUCUGCCGCCGCUGGCGUCCUGCAAUCACAGGCGCAGGAGCAGCUGCAGCACCACAGCACUGACAGCCUGGCUCUGGGGCUGCGAGGCGCCCCAGCCGGCGCUGCCGCGGUCGAGGCUGCUGCCGCUAUUCGUGCGGCGGCCCCGACCAGCACUUGCGCUCCGGUAGCUCCGGAGGGCAGUCCCUGUGGCGUGUGUGGUCGCCAUGGCAGCAAGACUGGCAUCUGUGGCAGUGGCGGCAGCACCAACAGCUUUAGAAACAGUGGCAAAGGCGCUGCUGGCGACCGGCCGGCCGUUGUGCGCAUGCAGAGCUGGCCGGAAUGGGGCAUGGGUGUGUCAGGCCUUCGGCAGGCCGCGGUGGCGGCGGCGCGGGUGGUGGCGGUGCCGUCGCCGCUGUGCCGUCGCAACAUUGGCUUCAAGUGCGUGUUCAUGUCGCGGCAGCAGCACACAUGCGAUGCAUACGCCGCGGAAGAGGGAUACGAGAGGCAGUAGCUCACUAGCGCGGCAACGGUAGACAUAGGCGACCCCACCUUCGCAGUGGCCGUACGAACGUUAGAUGUUUAAGACAGUUGGUGGUUGUGGUUGUUUUUUAUGGUUGUGCACGCACACGCGGUGCUUCGAAGUGCCGUUGUUACUGUUUCAAAAGCACCUCAUGCACUUGGUGAACGACAGACAGCAGGAUGACACAGUAACACAAAGGCUUGGGCCAGUCGCAGGGUCCGGAAGCAUGCAGGUGACGCGGCGGGUGACUGAGGGGUUUGGGUGACUGAGGCAGACUGUGCAGGAUCAGGAUGACACAUACACAGGAAGGACCGGGCUUGGUAGGCCCGCCAGAGGCCGCCAUGUGAGUUUGAAGGUAUGCAAUACAAUCUCUUAGCCGCUCCAGGCGACGUUGGAGUGCACCAUUUGAUGGGAUGGGGUUGUCGAUGGUGGGAUGAGUGGCGUGGCGCAAUGGUAGACAGGGCCGAACUUCAAGCCACGGAUUCUU